AUGACUGGUUUCUACAAAUAUUGGAACAGUGUGGAAGUACUCUUUAAAUCUCUGACCUUGGAGACGUCGUUUAUUACUGAUGGAAUAUUGAUUAAAUACAACAGAACCCUGCCUUGUCUAGAGAUCCUGGACAUGAGAAACUGUUAUGAACUCACAGAUAGAGGACUUCUGCAGAUACUUCAGCUUUGCGGAAGUACACUCAUAUCCCUGGAUAUAUCAGUAACAAAUGUAACUGGAGAGAAUCUGUCUGAAUACAAGGGAACCCUGCCUUGUUUAGAGAACCAGAACAUGAUUUCCUGUUAUCAACUUACAGAUAAAGGACUACUGCAGAUACUUCAGCUUUGUGGAAGUACACUUAGAUCCCUGGAUAUAUCAAGAACAUAUAUAACUGGAGAAAAUCUGUCUGAACACAAGGGAACCCUGCCUUGUUUAGCAAACCUGGACCUGAAUAACUGUAAACAACUUACAAACAAGGGACUGCUGCAGAUACUACAGAUUUGUGGAAGUACACUCAGAUCCCUGAAUAUAUCAGAAACAAAUAUAACUGGAGAGAAUCUGACUGAGUACAAGGGAACCCUGCCUUGUUUAGAGAACUUGAAUAUGAGUUACUGUAGACAACUCACAAACAAAGGACUGCUGCAGAUACUACAGCUUUGUGGAAGUACACUUAGAUCCCUGAAUAUAUCAGAAACAAAUAUAACUGGAGAGAAUCUGUCUGAAUACAAGGGAACCCUGCCUUGUUUAGAGAACCUGUGCAUGAGAUGCUGUGAACAACUCACAAACAAGGGACUGCUGCAGAUACUUCAGCUUUGUGGAAGUACACUUAGAUCCCUGGAUAUAUUAGUAACAAAUGUAACUGGAGAGAAUCUGUCUGAAUACAAGGGAACCCUGCCUUGUUUAGAGAACCUGUGCAUGAGAUACUGUAAACAACUCACAAACAAGGGACUGCUGCAGAUACUUCAGCUUUGUGGAAGUACACUUAGAUCCCUGGAUAUAGAGUUUACAAAUAUAACUGGAGAAAAUCUGUCUGAAUGCAAGGGAACCCUGCCUUGUUUAGAGAACCUGAACAUGAGAUACUGCGAGUUGGCCCAGACCAGACCAUAUCCACUCUAG